AUGUCGACCAUCGCAGAGGAUUUACUCAACGAUUUUGGAAGCUCAGGCGACGAGGCCGAAGAAGAGCACAAUGAUGGCCUCAUCAAGGACGAAGAGACGAGUGGCAAUCGCGACGCCAUGGAAUUGGAUGGCGACUUCAACGCUGACGCCGAUGCCAAAGAUGACGAAGACCCCGAAAAUGAACGAAAUGACAGAGAGGACUCUGAAGCGAGAAAAGCCAAGGUCGAGAAAAUGCAGCUUGGAGGAGUGAAAGACGUCCAAAGCGUAGCAAGUCUGAUGCGCACUCUAGAACCAAUCCUCGAGGUUAGUACGAUUCCCCCAUUCCCCAGCCGCUUCAACGGUCGCGUCUUGACGGACGAUUCGUUUACAUCAGUUCUUUUGACGGACAGCCCUGACCUAUUGCCUCGAACGUUACAGAAAAUCGCACAUUAUCGAUCGCAAACCGCAACUCAGCACACAAACAUCGGAAACAUCGAGGACCAUCCCGAAUACGCUCUCCUGACACAGUCGAAUAGUCUCUCAACCCAGAUUGACGGCGAGGUCGUAUUGGUUCACAAGUUCAUUCGCGACCACUACUCGACACGCUUCCCCGAGCUUGAGCGGCUUGUAACGACACCCCUCGAGUAUGCCAAGGUGGUCGCUAUUCUAGGAAACGGACCGUUGGACUCGGAGAGCAUCAAGGCUCUACAGACUUCCACCAACAACCCUCUAGGAAUAACUCUGAAGUCUGUUCUCGAUGGACCCUCCCUCAUGAUCGUCACGAUCGAGGCUACGACAUCAAAGGGACAUGAUAUGACACCGGAAGAGCUUGAGCGCGUUUACAAAGCAUGCGAUAUGGUGAUUAGCCUCAACAAGGCCAAGCAAACUUUGGCCGAAUACGUGCAGUCACGCAUGAACAUCUUCUCACCCAAUUUGACGGCGCUCGUUGGUCCAGUUACAGCCGCCCAACUCCUGAAUGCGGCAGGUGGACUCACAGGCCUCUCAAAGACGCCUGCCUGCAACAUUGCUUCAUGGGGUUCCAAGAAGAAGCAGGCAGGGCUGGCUACGAACAUUGGUGUGCGGCAGCAAGGGUACCUCUUCAAUUCAGAAAUGAUCCGGGGUAUUCCCAGCGACUUGAAGAAGCAAGCCAUGAGAAUCAUGUCAGCCAAGCUUGUCCUGGCCGCCCGAGUCGAUCGUAUUCAUUCGAGUCCAGAUGGUUCUACAGGAGAGGAACUCAAAUCAGCGUGCCUCGAACGGCUUGAAAAACUAACAGAACCACCGCCCAACAAGGGACAACGUGCGCUCCCGGUGCCAGACGACAAGCCAUCUCGCAAGCGAGGUGGACGACGUGCUCGCAAGGCCAAGGAGGCUCUCGCAAUGACCGAUCUACGUAAAGCCCAAAACCGCAUGACCUUUGGCAAGGAGGAGAAGGAGGUUGGCUACGGCACUGGCGAUUCGACUGUUGGGAUGGGUAUGAUUGGACAGUCCAACGAUGGUCGAAUCCGUGGUAUUCAGGUCGACCAACGUACCCGCGCAAAACUUGGAGUCAAGCACAAGGGCUGGGGUGGAAACAGCUCGGUGGGCGGCGCCGCUUCGUCUAUCGGUGGCUUCGGCCACUCUUCCAACUUAAAUCUGCAGGGACGCGGCCUGCGAGCAUCUGGCGUCGGUAGCACAGUCGGGUCAGCGACUGGUACUGCGUCGUCGCUGGCAUUCACGCCUGUGCAGGGUCUGGAGCUGGUUGAUCCCAAGAUGCAAGCAGAGCUCAGCAAGAAGCGCAAGGCCGAAGAGGACCGGUGGUUCAAGGGCGGUUCCUUCACCCAGGUUGGAGGAUCGUCAAGCGGGAGCGGUUUCAAGGUACCAGAUCUUCCGGCAGCCAAACGAGUUGAUACAGGAUCGACCAAAAUGGGGCCUCCAGCAUCGAAAUGA